AAUAAAACGUUUGAAAGUCCAUGAAGGUGAACAGAAGUAACAUAAUUUCACAGAAGAAUGUUAUUACUGGUUCUGAGCACCUUGUUGCUGUGGGGAGAGACGUUCUCUGACACAACCGUCACGAUCUACAACGAGUGGCUCGCCCAGGGUGGACGUCUCCAUUAUGAAGUUGAGAGAUGGAACAAAAUUAAUGGCCUCACGCAGUUGAACCUCAUUCCAAAGAUUAAAUCUAUCGGAGCCGCUCCUGGACGUUGGGUAAACAGAGACCUGAGAGAUGAUCUCUUCCCAAAUUGGCCUCAAAACCCACAUCGCCAUGGUUACCCAGAUCCUGCCUACCUCCAGGACCAUGCACUCCAAGCAAAGACAUUCGGAUGGUAUGUGCAACAAUUGAACGAAUAUGGGAACUACAUCGACAACAUGGUCUGGAACAUAGAAGGUCAGCACUGGCCCAGCUGGAUAGAUAAGUCUCACCACAAUGGAAAAUUUCCAAACAACGUUGACGCUGCGUCAGAGUUUGUGUCACUGAUGGUUCAGAGUGCCAAGGACUACACAUCAGGACGCCUUCCCUACAUGUUUGAAGCCCUCAAUGAACCUGAUUGGGUGGAAAACAUUAUUAACCCACAAACGAAUAUAGACUUCCACAAGGCCGUCGCCGACAAGCUGAAAUCAAGAUUUGGAAUGAAAGUUGCGGGGCCAUCGUACACCAGUAUGGCCUUACGACAAGGAGAUGAAAAUAACUUCGCCUACUGGAAGAGAACUGCUAAGUUUCUGGACAUGUCUCUUGAUCACCUGGACUUUUUCUCUUUCCAUUCCUACAACUAUUUGCAAAUGGCGGGUGCAAACCACACCUUCUUUGGCAUCAACGAAGCUCGUCUGGUUGCUACUCUUGACAUGGUAGAGAAUUACUCUCAUCAAAAGAAAGGAAAAAAUGUUCAGUUAGUCAACACAGAAUUUGGAUUAGGUUUAGAUAACCUGGUAGGAGUGGACCGCGAAUUUGAAAAUGCAAUGACAGACUUUGAAACCAUUUAUCAACCAAACGGCUUCAUGUUUACUUUCCUUAACCUGAGAGAGUUUAUAGACAGAGUUACAAUCUUUCUCCUCUCAAAUGAGCAAUUCCCGGGUCAUACUGCCCUUCGAAAUUCCCUAUUUACAAAGGAUGGUCAUCCCCUUGAAAUGACCAAAUUCUUCCUGUUUUGGAAAAACUUUGUUUAUGAUCAAAGGUUUCUCCGAGUUUCAAGUGAAUACAAUGGACAGGAGCGAAUAGUUUCACCACUUGCCCUUGCAAACCCUCACACCAAAGAGAUGGUAGUUCUUCUGCACAACUAUGGCAGCAAAUUUGAGAAUGUAAAACUUGACUUUCCAAACAGUUGGAUCAACCCUUCUACAGGUGAAGAAACAUGCAUUCUGUUCGAAAACGGUAAGCCAACUAUGAAUUCCGAUUACUCUUUCGAUAGAUCUAAGCUUCAUGGCACCGUUGGUCUCCCCGGAUCCUCAACCUGCUUCUACAAGUUUAAAACCAACUACAACUUUAACGGAAUACGCACGGAUAACGAGAUCACAUACUAUGGCAAGGACAUGCUCAUCCCCAUCAGCAACGGGCAUGCGCAGACAACCAUCCAUCUACCCAGCUCUGGCUACCAUACAUCUUAUCUUAGAGUGGGAGCUAGCAGAGACAAGAAUGCCAAUGCAAAACCUCAUAGUGUUGUUUUCAAUGGCCACACGCUGUCUACAAGCUACAUGCUGUUUGAUGCUUCGAAGAUUGUGGGGAAAACAAAAUGGAACGUGUGGGUGUUCAUGGUCCCCCCCUCUCAGAUGAAAACAACAAACACCGUCAGCAUGACCUAUGAUGGAAACGGUGGCCACGUGACAUCCGUCGCACUCGUUGCUGGAAAACUUCAGUAGAUAAAAUUCUUAGAAACAA